GUAAGGUCACAGGGCAGCAUGGAUAUCGUCAGAUUAGCCGCAGACGGUGUAUACAUGGGCAUAGGUGCAUGCAUAAAGAUCUGAGCGUGUAUAUUAAUUUACAUGCGUUAACUACUUUUUUAUUUUUAGAACCCUGUUACCCUUCUGGUCGACAGUUUUACCGGUGCGUUGGUUCCUAGCGAAAGGCUUAAAUGUUGAAAGAUGUCCGAAGACGUCAGUGAAACACUUAACGGUGAAAAGAAGGUGACAGAUAAAAAAAUGUCUGAAGACAUCACCAAUCCUUCAAACAGCAGUUCAAACGAAUUUGAGGUUAGAGUAAAGAGGCCAGAUGAUCUGACAGAAUGGGAAAGCCAGGAAGAUAUGUUGGACGAGGACGAACACAUCUCACGGCAUGCUUGUUCGAGAACCACCCGGAGCUGAAACAAUCCUUUCAAUCUUUCCGAGGCAAGUCUGCGGAGGAGCUGAGAACGUCCAAGGAGCUCAGACAGCACGCGUCUCGAGUUAUGGGCUUCAUAAACAAGAUCAUCGUCCGGCUGGACUCGGAAGAAACGUACACCGUCAUGAUACAGGAGAUGUGCUGCAGACACAUGCUUUACCAGGCGCUUCCACGGGAAAUGAAGAUCCUGGGUCGCCAGUUCAUUUCUGUCAUCGCGUCGACGCUGCAGGCGGCGGGGAGAUGGGACGACCAGGCGCAGACCGCCUGGGAAAACCUUUUCACGUUCAUCGCGAGCACGUACGAGCUGACGCGCGCCGAGGCCGGCCUGCUCGCCUGCGCCCGGCGCGGCAAACACAUCAGGAAGGACUACUACAUCGAGUAUUGA